AUGUCCAGUCCCCUGGAAGAAGCACUGAGUGUGAUAGUCAACACCUUCCACAAGUACUCAGGCCAAGAGGGUGACAAGUUCAAGCUGAGUAAGGGGGAGAUGAAGGAACUUCUGCACAAGGAGCUACCCAGCUUUGUGGGGGUGAAGGUGGAUGAGGAGGGACUGAAGAAACUGAUAAGUGAUCUUGAUGAGAACAGCGACCAGGAAGUGGACUUCCAGGAGUAUGCUGUUUUUCUGGCCCUCGUCACUAUGAUGUGCAAUGACUUCUUCCAAGGAAGUCCAGCCAGAUCAGAUAGUACCUGCUCUCACCCUUCACACAGCCUCACGCUGCUCCUGCCUGUGGGGAGAGAGAUCCCUAUCUUCCAGAUGUGGCACAUCUCUCAGGUCAGCUCCACAUCUAUAGUGGGAGAGUUCUGGGAAGGGCAGGAAGAGUCCAAUCACAAGAAAAAUCUGGGCACAAAAGAAGAAUAG